AUGACCAACGCCGUUGCUACAGGACACGGGGGCGCUUGGGUGGUCCUGGAAACCCUCGGCCGCCUGUUCGUGGGCUCUGGCCUGCGCAGGCUGGAGCAGCUGGUCUCGCCCGUGGCCUUUGCGCCCAACAGCAGCCUGGACCCAUGUGCAAAGGAGACGGUGCUGAACGCCAUCAAGGAGAGCAGGAAGAGGGCUGUGGAGGAGGCGGAGGAGGAGGACCAGGCCUUCGGCAACGACCAGGAGAGCAAGAGGAGGCGCCACGACAGCAGCGGGAGCGGCCAGUCAGCCUUUGAGCCGCUUGUAGCCAACGGUGCCCCUGCCUCGCUCAUACCCAAGCCUGGCUCUCUGAAGAGGGGCCUUGUUUCCCACUGCCUGGACGACUGCUCGAACAAGAGGUCUCGCACCUCUUCCAUGAGCUCCCUGAGCACCACGUAYGCUGGCGGGAUCCCCAGCUCCGUCCGCAACGCCAUCGCCAGCUCCUACAGCUCGAGCCGAGGCCUCGCGCAGCUGUGGAAGACAAGCGGUGUGAGCAUGUCCCCGCUGUCCAGUCCAGCGUCGUCCCGCUCCCAGACACCGGAGUGGCCUCUCAAGAAAGCCAGGGAAGAGGAAUCUCUUCACUCAAACACUUCUACUCCAGUGAAAUCAGACAAGGAGCUUCAGACUGAAAAAGUGGUGGAGACGCCCGUGCGGAAGAAGCAGAAUUCCCUGAGCUCGCCAUCCGUGUCGGGAAGCAGYGGGAAGCGCAAGCGGAAGAUCCAGUUGCUGUCGUCUCGCCGGGGCGAUCAGCUCGCUCUGCCCCCGCCGCCCCAGCUGGGAUAUUCCAUCACCUCGGAGGACCUGGACGCGGAGAAGAAGGCAGCGUUGCAGUGGUUCAACAAAGUCUUGGAGGAUAAGGCUGAUGCUGCCCCCAGCACCACUGCAGAGACUACGCCUCCGUCCAGGCCACUGGUGUUCACAGUGACCUCCCCGGUGCCUGCGCCUGUGUCGACAACUGCACCUGCCAGCAGCAGCUCGCUCUUGGACAGCCUGAAGAAGAUGCAGAGCAGCCAGCCUGCCCCCACGCCRGCAGACUCUUCUGGAGCUGCAGUAGCGUCUCCACCAUCUUCAUCAGCGCCACAGCUGCCUGCUCCGCCUGUGUCGCUGGAGUCGAGUUUGCUACCAGUGACUUCUGCUGAGACCAAGCCAGUGCCCAUAUUAAGCAUAACUGCCCCGUCUGCCCCUCCGGCCUCUGGGGCACAGCCAGCUGGCAGCCUGGCGACCCCUUCAUCCACAGAGCUGGGCCAGACCCCCAGCAAACCUUCCUCCUUCCCAAAGCCAAGCGUCCUUUUUGGGAUGCUGAGCACCCCUCCAGCCAGCCAGCCGGCAACGACAGCACCGGCUGCUGCCCCCAUCACAACCCCUGUCUUCAAACCCAUUUUUGGAGCUCCACUGAAAAGCGAGAGCCCAGCACCCUCUACGACUGUUACCCCUGCUGUGGUCAUGUCUGCGAGCUCAGGCCCUUCCUCCACGUCUGCUACCACCACCAUGUUCAAGCCCAUCUUUGGCAGCGUGACAGCAGCUUCAUCUCCAGCGAAGGCCUCUCCUUUCGCGUUCAAACCGACGGCGCAGCCGGCCUCCGCGGCAGAGCUCACAACAGCCUCCACGACCCCCCCUGCCGUGUUCACGGGCCUCCCUGCCGGCAUCUUCACCACUGCGGCCACCACUGCCACCACACUGAGUUCUUCCACGGAUGCCACCACUAAACCGGUCUUCAGCUUUGGACUCAACCCACCUGCCUCCACUGGCCCUACUACCAGCCUGACUGUUACCGCUGCCACGUCCACCAGUGCGUCUCAGCCGUUCCUGUUCGGAGGCCCAGCCAGCUCGGCUCCCAGCACAGACGGCGGCUUUGCAGCCUCGGGGCCUGUGUUCCAGUUUGGAAAACCAGCUCCGGCCCCAGUCUCCACCACCACCACCAGUGUCCCAGGCGGCUCUGCCUUUGGCCAAGCRCCUUCAAACACAACUGCUGCCACCACUGCUGUGGGGUUUAGCAUUUUUGGAGGCACUGCGCUGACGUCUGCCCCAGCCGCCACCACCAGUCAGUCGGCGCUGACGUUUGGCUCCUCGGUGACGGCUUUUGGCAGCUCGUUCAGCGCGAGCGCGAAGGCGCCGCCGCCGUACCCGGCCACAGCGGCUCCGUCGGCUUUCAGCGCCGCUGCUGCGGAGAGCCAGGCGCCCGCCAGCAAAGCGCCCACGGGCCCCGGCGCCUUCGGCCCCUCCUUCACUUUCGGAGCCGCCGCGGCGCAGCCGCCGUUCGGCAGCAGCGCGCAGCCGCCGUUCGGCGCAGCCAGCACCCAGGGCUCCUUCGGCACCAGCAGCGCCCCGGCAGCCUUCGGAACCACCACGUCGGUCUUCUCUUUYGGGACUGCCACCACCACCACGGCCCCCUUCGGCUCCAGCACCCAGACCACAAGCAGCAGCACCGGCACCGCUGCCUUCAGCACCACCCCGUCUCCGUUCACCUUCGGGGCGUCUGCCCAGGCCGGUCCCUCUGCCAGUGCCUUUGGGAUCGGCACCCCUGCCCUCAGCAGCGGCUCCCCCGCCAUCUCCUUCAACUUCGGGGCCGCACAGAGCGGAGCAGCCUCCGCGGCAGCGCCUUUCGGUGCCUCCCUGGCACAGARCGCGCUGGGGACGCAGAGCCAGAGCUCGCCCUUCGCCUUCACCGUGCCCAGCACUCCCGACAACAAGCCCGUGUUUGGAGGGACUGCAGCUCCCACCUUUGGGCAGAGCACGCCCGUGCCGGGAGCUGUGGGCAGCGGGAGCAGCAGCCUGUCCUUCGGGACGGCCAGCACUCCGGCCUCGGCCUUCGGGGGAGUUGGAGCUUCGUUUGGGCCCUCGACUCCCGCGUUUUCCAUCGGCGCGGGAUCCAAGACCGGGGCUCGCCAGCGGCUGCAGGCGCGGAGGCAGCACACGCGCAAGAAGUGACCUCGCGGGCCCCGCGCCCGCCCGGAGCUCCGCGGCACCGCGCUCGUGGCGGCCRGGCCCCCUCCUCUGCCGGCGGGAGSCUCUGCCGGGGAGCAGUGACUGGGGUGGGAGAGGACAAACCAAACCCUUCGUACUUGAACAGUUCCACAGCCGAGGCUGGAUGAACCUCUGUACAUACCUGCAGCGU